CUCACCGCCGCCAGCCCUCAUUCCUACAUAUCUCUCCGCCACGCACCACAAGCACAUUUCACAGACUUCUGCACCCGCUACCACCGCACUCAACAACAGAACCAGAUCUACUACAGUCAUCAUGCGCUCCAAGUUCAAGGACGAGCACCCGUUCGAGAAGCGCAAGGCCGAGGCUGAGCGCAUCCGCCAGAAGUACAACGACCGCAUUCCCGUUAUCUGCGAGAAGGUCGAGAAGUCAGACAUCGCGACCAUCGACAAGAAGAAGUACCUCGUCCCAGCGGACCUUACCGUAGGCCAGUUCGUCUACGUGAUCCGCAAGCGCAUCAAGCUGUCGCCCGAGAAGGCCAUCUUCAUCUUCGUCGAUGAGGUCCUGCCGCCGACUGCCGCUCUGAUGAGCUCGAUAUACGAGGAGCACAAGGACGAGGAUGGCUUCCUCUACAUCACCUACUCGGGCGAGAACACGUUCGGCGAGGCGAUCUAGGCCAUUCUACACACCUCUUGUUUACUCGAUCAUCGACGGCGCGGAGGGACUACGGCGUUCUCGGAUUCUGUGGGCUUUCCUUGACAUUUGCUGCAACACUAUAUCAUGGCUGGGCUGAAUGAAGUUAUUAUGAUGAACGAGGCAGUGCGGUAGUCGCUCUCUCUACACUCAGUGCGGGCUGUCAGGAAGACCAAGCUCGGCUCCUGUCACAUGGCACCUAAAGCUGAUAAGGUGCCUGCGCUGGACAAGACGGUCGAGAGAGCGGCUCUGUCCAAGGAAGUUGGGUCAUUUCCUUCCGCUGUAACUGUCGUCAAUAGUAUCAUCCUAUCUCGAAUCUACAGAACUGCUCCAAUAGCCA